GUAGUUUUUUGUCACUUGUCGUUCUUAGAUAGCAUUGACUAACUAUACGUUAGGUGUUAAACGCUCAUUUAAUGGUAAUGCACAGUUAACUUGGCCGUUUUGUCAGCCUCUUUAACUGAAUGUUAGCUUGACAGCUAUCCAACUAGCCCCCGUUCUUUAAAAGAGUUUUGGGGCUAACGUAAUCGAACCUUCAUCCAAGUCACUAACGUUAUCAUACUUUUAGCUAACGUUACCAGCGAUAGCUAUUUCUUACUAAUUGAGAUGAUUUUUUAUGAGCAAACCCAAUUAAUGCCAAUAUUCUUUUGUCUAGUAGCAUUAACGUUGCAGACUGCAGGAUCUUAAAUACUAUCUUCAUCAAAGCUAACUUCGUGGUGAUUAAUAAACGUAGCUGAUGUUGUCGUUAGCUUACAGUAACGUCAAGACCUCUAACGUCAACGUUGUAUGGUCAACUUGUUUUCGAAAUCUGAUGGUCUUCGUUAAGGAUGUGCAAAAAUGAAGAAAGACCCCCAGUCACCCUCAGUGGAAGUGCCACUAUAGGGACGGUGUAAAGGGGGAAGCUACAAGUAAGCAGUGUUCGGCUGCAGCCUUAUAGGAAGCUUUACGGCCUUGGCGUGAAUGAUCUGAAGGGGACCAUGGGCUCUCAGGCGCUUCAGAUACUCCGUCAGGGUGUGUGGGCUUCACUGACUGGAGGCUGGUAUGUGGAUCCCCAUCAAAGCACCUUCUCCAACUGCUUCCAUCUCUACCUCUGGAUAUUCCUCCUGGCCUUUCCCUUCUUAUUGUACAUGGCUCUGCCACCCAGUUUGGUGGUGGCAGGCGUGUACUGUGCAGUGGUGGCAGCCUUUUUCACUGCCAUAAAGGUGGUGAACUUUCGCCUCCAUGCCAUGUUUGACCUGGGAGAGAUUGUGGAGAAGAGGCAGGCCUCACUCACCCCAGACAACCAGAGGGUGGAGGAAGGAGAGGAUGGCUCAGGAGGACAUGAUGGAAACCAACGCAGGGACAGCAGUGUUGGUGUAGAGAUGACUGUGUUCCGGAAGGUCAAUUCAACCCCUCCUGUUCGCUGCAGUUCCCAGCACUCGUUGUUUGGACUUAACCAAGUGUCGGAAUUUUUGCCUCAGCUUGAUGACACAGCAGGAUCAAAAGAUAUCAAGGAGCUAAUGCGAGAACAGGGUAGUAACAAUGUGAUACUGACGUCUGCGCACCGAGAGGACCUCCGCCACAGCUCACAGGACACUAUACGCGCUGGCAGUGUUGUUCAGUCGUGCCUGGCCGCUGCUUCAGGCCUCAUGGCCGACUUCCCCGGCCUGAUGGGGGUCGGUGGAGUCAUGUCUGGUGGAUUCAGCAGCCUCCACCCGAGUGGCUGCCCCUCCAUCCCUCCCUCCCCUUCCAGCCAGGGGGACGGUGAGGAGAAGGAGCCGGUGGAGGAGGACUGUGGGGUGGAGGAGGACGGGCCCCUGGAGCAGCUGUCCCAGCCCAGCCCCGAGGAGGACCGGCUGGGCGGCUACUCCCCGCUGGGCCCUUCGGCCGAGUCGGAGAGCCUGGGCGACGCGCCCCUGAGCCCGCUCAUCAAGAGCAGCCUGAGCGAGGAGCUGAGCGAGAACUUGCUGGGCCUCGGCCUCGACCCCGUGACCUUCGCCCGCGGCAAGGAGCAUGCGGGCAGCCGCGGCGGCAUAGCCAUCGCGGCCGGAUCUACGGACAGCUGCUUCAGUGGAGGGGGCGCCACUACGGAUCGCGAGACCCUCAGCACGGUCAGCAGCUACCGCAGCGAAAAAACGGACUCGACCCAGCUGGAGAGCCCCUCCCUGGGCAAGCCCAACCUGCCGGCCUCCGCAGCGGCGUCCUUCGCCGGCGCAGGCCAGGGAACAGGGGGGGACGCUGCUGUUGGGCCGCUGCUGGACACCCCCUUGCACGGCGGCAGCGACACGGAUGAUCUCUCGGACAGCGAGCUACUCCAGUCGCCUUCCAAAGAGCUCUCGCCCGGGCAGGGCCUGGACCGGACUCUGGUAGAGGGCGAGGACCUGCCCGCCCUGCCCAGCGACAUCCCCGCGCAGUCCCCGCGCCUCCCGGACUCGUCGCCCUCCAGCAGCGGCGGCGGUGGCGGCAACUCGGGCGUCUGCGACGUGGACCGCGGCGGCGGCGUGGCCGUCCCCCCUCUCCCCCCUCCGCGGCAGGCCAGCUCCGUCCCCUCGGGCCUGGCUCUGGGGCUGGUGUGCUCGGAGCCCGCGCUGCCCAUCACGUCCCCGCCCUUCCUGCUGUCGGACCAGGCGUCCCUGCAGGCGCAGCAGCAGCAGCAGCAGCAGCAGCAGCAGCAGGUGGUGCGGCCCAAGGACCUGAAGCUGCUCCGUGGCGGCAGUGGCGCGGGCAGCGUGGACCACAGGCCCGGCCGGCGGAAAGCGCCUCGCAAGCGCGGCACGGCCGGGAGCAGCAGCUUCGACUGCGGCUCGUACCGCCGGCACCAUCACCACGGCCACGGGCAGCACCGAGACUACAUCCCCGUGCGCAGCCGGCUCGGCGCGAAGGCCUACAGCGAGAGCCUGUUUGAGGACUCGAGCGACGACGACGACGACGGCAGUGGCAGCGACAUCAGCGCCGGCUCCAGCCUCGGCUCUCAGCGCCACUACAGCUCGGACGACGACGACGACGACUCGAGCUCCUCUACCUCCUGCUACUCGCCUGACCUGGCCAACGCCGCCAUCACCGCGUCCACCCCCGCCUCGGCCAACCCGCUCGGUGCCCGGGACGGGGCCGAGGGCUCGGAGGCGGCGGGCCCUUCACACUCGCGCGGUGCCCAGAGGUCGUCCAGCACAGCCAGUGCCAAGACCCACGCCAGGGUGCUCAGUAUGGACGGAGGUGGCGGCGGCGGCAGCCACACCAACGUGGGCUCCCUGGCGUCCACGCUGCUGCCUUUGCCCCCCGCGGCCUCGGCGCCCGCGCCAAGGCCCCUCACCAUCUCCAAGUCGGACCUGGAGGCACGGGCGUUGCCCUCGGACGGCUUCGCCAGGGCACACCACCGGCUGGACUCUCUGGGGGGUUCUUGGGCCGGUAAUCAGACGGGCUGGAGGGCCGGGGAACUCGUAGAAGAAGGAGCUGUCGGAGGAGCGCUGGGCCCAGAAGAAGGCGGUAAAAGGGACUCUGUAAGCAGCGUGAAGAGAACCCAGGCCAUCCGCCGACGCCACAACGCCGGGAGCAAUCCCACCCCUCCCCCCUCAUCCAUGGGAUCCCCUCCCAGCCUGCAGGACCUCCAGCGCACGCGCACCUCCUCCCACUCGCGCACACGCACCCUCCCCCUCCCCUCGGCGCUGCAGUUCGCCUCCUCGCUGCUCCUGCCCCGCUCCGGCGUGCACGAGGCCUCCACCUUCGACGACACGUCAGAGGGGGCCGUGCACUACUUCUACGACGAGAGCGGAGUGAAGAGGUCAUAUACAUUUGGGCCGGCCGGUGGUGGUUACGAGGACCCAGUGCAGGAGCGCGAGCGCCAGUCGCAGUCGUCCAGCUUCACCUCCACGGACGUCCAGGAGGGGGGGCCGGUGCUGUCCGUGCUGCAGCCCAGGCCUGUGGCACUGCUGGGCAUGCAGGGCAUGCAGGUGCGCCGUGUGCCGCUGGAGAUGUCUGAGUUUGACAUGGAUCACGAGUCCCUUCACGAAUCUCAGGAAAACACGCUGAUGAUCGAGGAGAAGGCCAAACCCAAACAGUACUACCGCUUUUGGGUUCUACCGGGGAAAUGGCUCAGAGUUCGCUACGACCGACUGGCACUCCUGGCUCUCCUCGACAGGAACCGUCGCGUUGGGGAGAACGUGUUUGCAGUGGUGCUCGCCUGCCUGGUCGCUUUCCUGGGGUUCCUGCUUCUUCUACAGGGCUUUUUCAGGGACAUCUGGGUUUUCCAGUUCUGCCUGGUCAUAGCCAGCUGCCAGUACUCCUUACUAAAGAGUGUUCAGCCAGAUGCAGCCUCCCCAAUGCAUGGCCAUAACUGGAUCAUCGUGUACAGUCGCCCCGCCUACUUCUGCCUGUGCUGCGCGCUCAUCUUCGUCUUUGACCUGGGCGGCCGCUCCACCCGCCUGCAGCCUUUCUCCCUCUACGGGGUCACCUUCUUCUCGGCGCACUUCCUGCUUUGUGCUCGAGACGUACUCAUUGUGUUCACCCUCUGUUUUCCCGUCAUCUUCCUCUUCGGGCUUCUACCUCAGGUCAACACCUUCCUCAUGUGUCUGCUUGAACAGGUGGAUAUGCACAUAUUUGGAGGAACAGCCACCACAAGCCCUCUGUCAUCCGUUUACAGCCUGAUCCGCAGUGUACUGGUGGCUGCCCUGCUCUAUGGCUUUUGCUUGGGCGCCAUUACCGUCAGCUGGGAGGAGCAGCAUGUACCUGUCCUGUUCUCAGUGUUCUGCGGGCUGCUCUUGGCCCUGUCGUACCACCUGAGCCGACAGAGCAGUGACCCCACCAUCCUCUGGUCUUUUGUGCGCUCCAAGUUCUUUCCAGAGCUGGAGAGCCGAACUCCUGAGGAUCCUCCUGUAGAGAUUAAAGAUCCCCUCCCUGAUAAACUGCGCAACUCUGUGAAAGAGACUUUGCACUCGGACCUGGUCAUGUGUCCACUCAUGGCCAUCAUCACCUUUGCCAUCAGUGCCAGCACUGUCUUCAUCGCCCUGCAGCCUGCUCUGAGUUUUGUGCUGUACAUCCUGGCCGGCGUGGUGGGCUUCCUGACCCACUACCUGCUGCCGCAGCUCCGUAAGCAGCUGCCCUGGUUCUGUCUGGCCCACCCCGUGCUGCGCUCGCGCGAGUACAGCCAGUUUGAGGUCCGCGAUGCGGCCCAGCUGAUGUGGUUUGAGAAGUUCUACGCCUGGCUGCAGUGUGUGGAAAAGUACUUCAUCUACCCUGCAGUGGUGCUCAAUUCUCUGACCACCGAAGCCCAUGCUGUCGGACGCAGCCCGGACAAGGCCGGCACCUAUGGCCGUGCGCUCUUCAUCUCCCUGGCCGGCAUGAAGCUGCUGCGCUCGUCCUUCUGUGCGCCAUCGCUGCAGUACGUCACCCUCUGCUUCACCGCACUCUUCUUCCGCUUCGACUACCCCCACUUCUCCGAGACCUUCCUGUUCGACUACUACUUCAUGUCCAUCCUCUUCAGCAAGCUGUGGGACCUGCUGUAUAAGCUGCGGUUCGUGCUGACCUACAUCGCCCCCUGGCAGAUCACCUGGGGCUCUGCCUUUCACGCCUUCGCUCAGCCCUUUGCUGUGCCUCACUCCGCCAUGUUGUUUGUUCAGGCUGUGUUCUCUGCCCUCUUCUCCACACCGCUCAACCCCGUCCUGGGCAGCGCCGUCUUCGUCACAUCCUACACCCGCCCUGUCAAGUUCUGGGAGCGCGACUACAACACCAAGCGCGUGGAUCACUCCAACACUCGCCUGGCCACCCAGCUGGACCGUAACCCAGGUGCCGAUGACAACAACCUGAACUCCAUCUUCUACGAGCACCUGACGCGCUCGCUGCAGCACUCGCUGUGUGGGGACCUGCUGCUGGGACGCUGGGGCAACUACACCACGGGCGACUGCUUCAUCCUGGCCUCCGACUACCUCAACGCCCUCGUGCACCUCAUCGAGAUCGGCAAUGGCCUCGUCACCUUCCAGCUCAGAGGCCUCGAGUUCAGGGGUACGUACUGCCAGCAGCGUGAGGUGGAGGCCAUCACGGAGGGCGUGGAGGAGGACGAGGGCUGCUGCUGCUGUGAGCCGGGCCACCUGCCCCACAUGCUGUCCUUCAACGCCGCCUUUGGCCAGCGCUGGCUGGCCUGGGAGGUGGCCGCCACCAAGUACGUGCUGGAGGGCUACAGCAUCAGCGACAACAACGCCGCCUCCAUGCUGCAGGUGUUCGACCUGCGCAAGAUCCUCAUCACCUACUAUGUGAAGAGCAUCAUCUUCUACGUGUGCCGCUCUCCCAAGCUGGAGGAGUGGCUGGCCACCGAGGCCAUCCAGGAGGCCCUGCGCCCGUGCCUCAGCCCCUCCUACGUGGACAGUGAUCCCACGUUCAACCUGAACAUCGACGAGGACUACGACCACAGGGAGUCGGGCAUCACCCCCGCCUCCUUCUGCAUGAUCUACCUGGACUGGAUCCAGUACUGCAACAGCCGCAGGCAGACGCCCGUUGAGGGCGAGAGAGACUCCCCUCUGGUGACGCUGUGUUUUGGCCUGUGUAUAUUGGGCCGCAGGGCGUUGGGAACAGCCUCUCACAGCAUGUCAGCCAGCCUUGAGCCCUUCCUGUACGGCCUCCAUGCGCUGUUCAAGGGGGACUUCCGGAUCACCUCCCCCAGGGAUGAGUGGGUGUUUGCGGACAUGGACCUGCUCAACAGGGUGGUGGCGCCAGGAGUGCGCAUGUCUCUGAAGCUCCAUCAGGACCACUUCACGUCGCCGGACGAGUACGAGGACCCGGUGGUGCUGUACGACGCCAUCACGGCUAACGAGGAGAAGAUGCUGAUCUCGCACGAGGGCGACCCGGUGUGGCGCAGCGCCAUCCUGGCCAACAUGCCCUCCCUGCUGGCGCUGCGCCACGUCAUGGACGACGGCAGCGACGAGUACAAGAUCAUCAUGCUCAACAAGCGCUUCCUCAGCUUCAGGGUCAUCAAGGUGAACCGUGAGUGUGUGCGUGGUCUAUGGGCGGGGCAGCAGCAGGAGCUGGUCUUCCUGCGCAACCGCAACCCGGAGCGCGGCAGCAUCCAGAACGCCAAGCAGGCGCUGCGCAACAUGAUCAACUCGUCGUGUGACCAGCCCAUCGGCUACCCCAUCUACGUGUCGCCGCUCACCACCUCCUAUGCCGGCGGACACGCCCAGCUGCACUCCGUCUGGGGCGGCCCGGUCAGCCCGCACAACAUCUACACCUGGUUCAUCAGCAGCUGGGACAGGUUGCAGAAGGGGUGCGGUGCAGGCUGCAACAGCGGCGGGAACAUUGAGGACUCUGACUGCGGCGGCGGCUCCACCUCCAUCACCAACAACAACCCUGCAGGCCACCUACCACAGAGCAGCAGCACCACCGCCCCCCAACCCCACCUCACCACCACGCAGCCCCCUAUGGGUACAGACAACCCAGUUGGUCCUACGUGGCCCCACCACCAUCACCACCACCACCAGCCCCUCCCCCUGGCGCUGCUCAGCCAAUCAGAGGGCCGCAUGGACGCCGGGCUGGUCUCCUCGCUCCACCGCACCUCGUCCAUCCAGGGCCUGCUGGGCCAGCACCUGUCCAGCUCGCAGCUGUCCUUCAGCAGCUCGGUGGUGCUGCCCCCGGCCGAGCGCUUCUGCCCCGGCAGCCUGCAGGACAACCUGGGUCUGCGCGCCGGCGCCCGGCCGGGCCUGGGGCUGGGGCUGGGGCUCGGACAGGGCGGCGGGCUGGCCUACGAGGGGCCCUACGGGAAGUGGAGCCUGUCGGGGAAGAAGGGCUUCAACGGGCCUGCCGCCGCCACGGCCGACGGAGACGGAGUAGCCCUGCAGAGCGUACGCACACAGCCUAUUCCUCCUGGCCAUCCGCUGGACUCCAGCCCCACGAUGGAUCCGAUGGGGGCCGGCCCGCCCUCGGAAACCACGCCCCUCACCUCCGACGCCCCCGCCUCCCAGGAGGAGUCCACAGAGCUGCCUUUACUGGAGCACCUCCGCUGAGUCCAGCCGAGUCCAGCCCCGGGUGCCCACACCCAGCCGGACGCUUCUCUGCCUUUGCCGAGGCGUGCUGCCAGGCCGCUCAGGUGGGGGAGUGGGCAG